AGGAUGAGGAUGAAAAGGAGGAGAAAGAGGGGCAGCAGUUGGACGGCGACGACGACGAUCAUCCUCGUUUCUCGUUGGGAAUGGUAUAAAACCUCCAGCUCGGCAGAUGUUACCUCGCACUCGGCAUCUCAGUGAUCUCCCACGAGGAUCUCGUGUAGCCACUGUCCACCCUCGCUUAGAAAAGACAGACGCGAGCGCGUUUUCUUCUUAUCGUACGCGACAGGCAGAGGCGUAAUUUUUAUUUUUGUUGUCGGUGGACGCGAAACCUGAACUAUCGGGAGUCACCGGACGCCACAGGAGACAUGAACAUGUUAGUCUUGUCGACAGCCUUGCUAGGAGCAUUGAUCCUAGUCAGCUCUCCGACGCUCGCGGAGCCUCCUAUCAAUCAAUAUCUACCGCCAGAUCAGCUGUAUGGACCACCCAAUGUGCAGCAGAAGCCACUGCCAUCCGGCGGCAAUAGUCGUCCGGGCGGGCAAUUCGGACAGGGUUCCAAUUUCGGAUCCAACCAGUACCUUCCGCCAAAUCAGCAGUAUGGACCUCCGGGAGCGGGUAUUAGUGGCGGUUUCGGCGGUUACGGUGACAGUGCUAACAGCGCACCUGCUAAAUACGAGUUCGAAUACACGGUAAAUGAUCCACCAUCAGGCAAUGACUUCGGCCACAAAGAAUCUCGUGACGGUGAUUUCACUCAGGGCAUUUAUUUUGUACUUCUACCUGACGGUCGUCGUCAGAUGGUCGAAUACGAAGCUGAUCAGGACGGCUAUAGGCCAAAAAUCACGUACACGCAGGUCGGUAAUGGCAUCGGUGGGGCUACAGGUUAUCCUGGAACUGGAACUGGAUCACUAGGCGGAUCAGGCGGUUAUCCCAGCGCUGGUGUCGGAGGCUAUCCUGGCGGUAGUUCAGGCGGUUACCCGAGCGGAGGAUCCGCAGGCUAUCCUGGCGGUAGCUCGGGAGGUUACCCGAGUGGAGCAGGAUCCGGAGGUUACCCCGCCAGUAGUCCGGGAGGCUAUCCAAGUGGAGCUGCUGGAAGUUUUCCCAGCGGCGGACAAAAUGGAUAUCGCUAUUAAUGCGUCCACAGCAAGACAUAAAAAGCUAUUACUUUUGCAAUUUGUAAUUUCAAUCGAUACAGGAAUUAGAUUUUUCAACAAUGAAAAAUAAUUAGCUUUGGCUGACUGAGUAAAGAAAAGAUUGCAUUACAUUGUAAUUUAUUUAUUAUUCUUCGCUUUAAAACAAAUAAUA